AUGGGACGCGCUGCUCGCCCGCGGCUCUGCCUGCUGGGCCUGCUGGCCGUGGCCGCCGUGGCCCUUCCCGCCCACGGCACCGUCUUCUUCCGGGAGCAGUUCCUGGACGGAGGUGGUGGCCUCCCCGGGGAGCGGGUGGCCUUCCGGGCCCCCAAGUGGCGGCGAAGAUGGGUAGUCUCUGAGCAUAAACCCGACUACGGGAGAUUCAGCCUGACCGCCGGGAACUUCUACGGAGAUCCGGAAAUGGACAAAGCCUCCCACGACCGGCCCCGCAACAGCGAAGGCUGGGAGCAGAACGGCCUGUACGAGUUCUUCCGCGCCAAGAUGAGGGCCCGGCGCCGCAAGGGGCAGGAGAAGAAGAGCAGCGGCCCCUCGCCCUCCCGCAGCCGCUCCAAGAGCCGGGGACGCUCCUCCUCCCGCUCCAACUCGCGCUCCUCCAAGUCCUCGGGGUCCUACUCCCGCUCCUGCUCGCGCUCCCGGUCCAGGUCCUACUCCAGGUCCCGCUCCAGAAGCCGCAGCUGCUCUCGCUCCUCCCGGAGCCGCUCCCGCUCCCGCUCCCGCUCCAAGUCCUACUCGCCGGGGAGGCACCGCCGCUCGCGCUCCCGCAGCCAGACGCCGCCCUCCGCGGCCGGCUUGGGAUCCAGCUCCGGGCCGCCGCCGCCGGACUCCCGGCUCGGCGAGGAGAACCGGGGACACCAGAUGCUCGUCAAGAUGGGGUGGAGCGGCUCGGGUGGCCUCGGGGCCAAGGAGCAGGGCAUCCAGGACCCCAUCAAGGGGGGGGACAUCCGGGACAAGUGGGACCAGUACAAGGGGGUCGGGGUGGCCCUGGACGACCCCUACGAGAACUACCGCCGCAACAAGAGCUACUCCUUCAUCGCCCGCAUGAAGGCCCGGGAUGAGAAUUAGGUCCGCCCCCCUCGGACGGACGGGCGGCCCCGCCGGCGAAUCCCGGCCCUCCCAGCCCCGGACUCCGCCCCCCCUGGCCAGGAGACCCGCCCCCGGCGCCUCGUUAGCAGCCCCCCUUCGUUACGCCUUUUCUAUUUUUGUAGCCCCCCCCCCGGAGCGAGCUGGGGGGCGCGUGCCCCCAACUCGGGGGGCCCCCCGGAAGUGUCCCUGUUGCCAUAGCGACCAGCGAUCCCAAUAAAAGGUUCUUGUAAGCCAA